GUUAAAGGGCAGCCGCAGCAGCACCAGCACGAGAGCACGCGCAUCACAGCUCGCGUUCGUGACGUGUCAGGUGGAGUCAAACCCGUUCGAAUCUCCUACGAGUCAUGCAGCAGCAUCUUCAGGGUCGGGAACGCCAACAAAGCUGGGGGCCUCAGCAGGGCCAGCAGCCGACCGAAGAACCACGGCAGCAGUCCCCGCAGCCGCAGCAUUCCCAGCAGGCUUUGCAACUUGAACAGCGGCCCUCUGCGUUUCGCGAGCGCAGAGAUCGCGUGGUGGACUCGGUGCUGAACGCAUCCCGGAGGGCGUCGGCGCAGGCGGCCAGCUUCGUCAACACGGCACGCAAGCGGCUGUCCUGCUGGAGCCAGCCUCCGCUGGGGCGCCUCAACGAAAGCGCCGUGUACGGUACGUGCGUGGCCGGCGCCGCCUUGGUCGUGCUCGUGGCGCUGGCGCUCAUCGUUCGGGCCGGACUGCGCGGCGCGACCAGCCUCGCCUCGGCCGCCGGCGACGUCGGCGGCGAACCGCACAGCGUCGAACACGUGCCCGCGUUACAGGAGCAGCCGUGCUCUUCGCCGUCGUGCAACCAGGUGUCACGCACGCUGCUUCUCUCGCUGAGCCACGAGACAUCGCCCUGCGCCAACUUCUACGAGUACGUCUGCGAGGGCUGGAAGCGAAGGCAUCCGCUGCAAGAUGACAAGUACCAAGUCAGCGUCCUGACGGAGGCCGAGCGCGAGGUGCGCAGGCGCCUCAUGCUGGCGCUCGAGACGUCGGCCAUCCCCCGCCGCAACCAGUCGCAGAUCGACAAGGUGGUGGCGCUGUACCGCUCCUGCGUGGGCUCGCUGUCGCGCGGGGGCCGGAGCCUGCACGACCUGCGCGCCUUCUUCCGGCUGCACAACAGCCGGUGGCCCGAGCCGCACGCGCCGGAGCGGCCCGAGUUCUUCGACCACCUGCUGGAGCUGGACAUCCGCUGGAACCUGGCCAUCGCGUUCCGCUACCGGUUCGCGCCGGCCGACGACCGCGCGGGAGGGCGCACCGUCGUGCUGCAGCCCGUCGUGCCCGACGCGAGCGUGCUGGGGCCGGCCACGCGGCGCGCGUACCAGUCGCUGAUCGCGACCGUGGCGACCCUGCUGGGCGGCGAGGCCAACUACGUGGACCUGGUGGACACCGUGGUCAGCGUGGACAGCGUCCUCGUGCGCCAGCCCGCCGACGACACGCGGCUCGCGGUGCCCUGGACGCGGAUCUACAGCGUGCUGCCCGGAACCACGUACCAGAUGUGGCUGCGGCCGUUCGCCAAGUACCACCCGCUGGGCGGAACCGUGCACGGGCUCGACCCCGUGCAGGUGCACAGUCCGCGGUACUUCAACUCCAUGCUGACGGUGCUGCUGGAGAACGUGGCCAACGGCCGCUCGUCGUGGUACGUGGGCUGGCGGCUGGUGCUGACGCUCGCCUGCCAGACGUCGCACGAGUUCCGCUCGCUGCGCCAGACCAAGUUCCUCUGGCCCCGGGGCCAGUGCGGGGCGUUGGACGUGCACACCCACUGCCGCGCCCUCGCCCAGAGGCUCCUGCGGCCCCAGUGGCAGGGGUUCGUGACCAAGGUGCUGCUGUCGCCGGACGCCGUGUUCGAGGUGCUGGGCAUCGUGAAGCGCAUACGGAGCACCCUGGAGGAGCGGCUCCGCCAGGCCACGUGGAUGGACCCGGAGACCCGGGUGCGCGCCUUCACCAAGCUGGGGGACCUGCGCGAGCAGCUGCCCAAGUUCUUCGUGUUCGACGGACGCACGCCCGAGUACGAGCGAUACGCUCGACUGCCGGACCUCACGCCCUCUUUCCUCGAGAACUGGCUCGCCUUCCGGCACGCCCUGGGCCCCGGCGUGGACCCACCGCGCACCGCCAACGGCUCGCUGGAGUCGUCGUCGGGCGGCGUCCGCAGCGAAUCCGACGAGGAGGACCUGCUGCACUUCGAGGUCGCCUACGAGGCGGCCGCCAACGAGCUGCGGCUGAACGUGGACGUUCUGGCGCGCCCCGUGUACAGCCGCGGCGCGCCCGCCCCCGUCAACUUCGGCGCGCUGGGCGCCAUCUUGGGCCGUGAGCUGACGCGCGCGUUCGACCGGCAGGGGGCCCUGGUCGACGCCGUCGGCAAGCCCAACCUGUGGUGGUCGCCCGAGACGCAGAGGAAGUACGAGAUGCGCGAGCGCUGCUUCCUGGGUCAGCUGACGCGUCACGUGAACGACUCGGCCGCGGCGCGCAAACUCCUGCGGCGGAUCGUGACCGUCAGCUCGGGCCUGCGGCUCGCCUUCUUCGCCCACAAGGCGCACGAGCUGGAGAGCGGCAGGCGCGAGACGCUUCGCGACGUCACCGCCCUGUCGGGCGACCAGCUCCUGUUCGCCAGCUUCUGCUACGCGCACUGCCACAGCGUGGGCAAGCUGGGCGAGGUGCUCGACCUGCGCUUCGGGCGUCGCACGCUCGGCGAGCUGCUCUGCAACGUCGCCGUCGCCAACAUGCUCGAGUUCUCCGAGGCCUUCGGGUGCGCCGAAGACGCCAAGAUGGCCGCCGCGGUCAAGUGCCGCAUCUGGUGACGACGCGGAGUUGGGGGAACCGGUGACGUCGUCGUGUCGUAGCCGCUGGGGCCGUCGCGGCCUCGUCGGCGUCGCGGUGCGGAGCUCAUUGCCCGCUCAUCGCGUUCGUUUUAACUCCUCCUCCCAUGUCCUUCUAAAGGCAAUUCCUCCACCCCCUUUUGCGUGCUUCAACACUGCCAGGGCUGAUAUUCUUCUUUUAUAUUUUCUUUGUAACUCUCUUGUAAGUCUUGUAGCUCUCUAUCGUGCGGUUAUUAUUUUUAUAAAAGCGUGUCUUGUGACUGUG